AGCCCUCUCUCUCUCUCUCUCUCUCUCAGCACACCUAGACGUAUCAUGCAUUACUUGGAUUUUGAUUUUGGUUUUCGAUUUCAAUUGUUAUUUCGAUUUCAAUUGGAGUUAUGCUUUAUAAUGUGAUACCUGAUUUCUAUUUGUGGUGUGAUUUUGAUUUAAUGUUUAUUUCUACUCAAAAAAUUGAUUGUGAUUGGGAUGAAUUGGAUUAGGAAGUGGUGAUCGCAAUUGGUUGAAUUGGAUUGCUUGUGUGUGUGUGUGUGUUUUUUGAAAAGAUUACGGUGAGGUGGUGGUGUGGAGUUGUUUGGCAGUGGGUGGUGGCUCCUGGUUGUUUGGCGGGGGGUUGUUUGCCGGACUGUUUUGUUUGUAGAGAGGGAGAGUAACGAAGAGAGAUGCUAGGUUUGGUGUGUGUUGUGCAGAAAGGUUGUGAAUUGGAAAGAGAGGGGCAGAUAGAGUGCAUCUUCUGAGUGUGUUUCUGUGUGUGUGUGAGUGAACUGUGUUCUGAGUAUGAGAGAGAGAAGAAUAAGAAAAGAGUGCUGGAAGAAGAACUGUGUUUAGUGAAUGAGGAAAAAUGGCAUUUGAUAUAAGGAGUGUUGAUUAGUGGAAAAUUACCCUUAAUAUUGGGCAUGUGCUAGGCCCAUUUCAUUUCUCCGUCAACAAUUCAGACGGUAGUUAGUGUUGGGGGUCACAUUGUUUGAAUGUUUAAAAUGUGAGAACUAAAUUGACAAAGUUAAAACUUUAAAGACUAAAGUUCAACUAGUGUUAAACUUAAGGACCAUUGAUACAAUUUACCCUAUUUUGAUGUAUAUAUUUGUACACAUAAAAGAAGCCUUAUGCAUAUUUGAUUUCAAAGAUUUUUUUGUGUUCCUUGUUAAUGUGUUAGUUACUAUUUCCAAUAUUUAAUGUCUCUUCAUUGUGUGUUAAAUAUGGUUAAUAUCCUUGUCUCAGAAUUCUGCUGCAAAAUUAGACUCUGUGAAUGGACAUAAUCUCCCAAUUACAAGAACAAGUUAACACAAUUGCGGCUCUUGCCUUCAAUACCUUUGGGACACUACAAAGGGAUGCCCCUCCAGUUCGACUCUCUCCAGAUUAUCCAGAACCUCCUGCUAAUCCUACAGAAGGUGCAGAGAAUGUUGCUGAGCAACCCAAGCUCAUGAGUGCCGCUCUGGUUAAGGCUGCUAAGCAGUUUGAUGCAUUGGUUGCUGCACUUCCGUUGUCCGAGGGAGGUGAAGAAGCUCAACUAAAAAGAAUUGCAGAACUUCAGGCUGAAAAUGAUUUGGUAGGCCAAGAACUUCAGAAGCAACUGGAGGCUGCAGAAAAGGAACUAAAACAGGUCCAAGAGCUGUUCAGCCAAGCAGCUGAUAACUGCUUGAAUUUGAAGAAACCAGAUUGA